AAGUAAACCGAAGCCUCCGAUACCGAAAACCCUAAACCCUGGACCUGGGGAGGAUUCUUACGAGGUCCUUCGUGUCUCUAACCUGGCUGCUACCAUCCUCUUCCCUUCCCCACUAUUUAAGCUCCAGAAAGCUCCUUUCCACUUGAUCUGUUCUACGGAGCCCCGGUAUACCGCCGAUAGCUCUACUACGUUCUCUCCUCGAUCCGACCAUGUAUCGCGCCGUCGCCUCCCUUGCCUCCAAAGCUCGGGUUGCUAGAGGUAGCAGCAGCCGGCAGAUUGGUAGUAGACUUGGAUCGACUAGGAACUAUGCUGCAAAGGAUAUCAGAUUCGGAGUGGAUGCACGUGCUUUGAUGCUCAAGGGUGUGGAAGAUCUUGCCGAUGCGGUGAAGGUGACUAUGGGCCCAAAGGGUCGAACUGUUGUUAUUGAGCAAAGCUAUGGCGCACCCAAAGUAACAAAGGAUGGUGUAACGGUAGCAAAGAGUAUCGAGUUCAAGGAUAGAAUAAAGAAUGUGGGUGCCAGCCUUGUGAAGCAAGUUGCCAAUUCAACUAAUGAUGUUGCUGGUGAUGGGACAACCUGUGCUACGAUCCUUACAAAAGCAAUAUUUGCUGAAGGAUGCAAGUCAGUUGCAGCUGGAAUGAAUGCGAUGGACUUGAGACGAGGCAUCACCAUUGCAGUUGAUGCUGUUGUGACUAACUUGAAGGCCAGAGCAAAGUUGAUUAGUACAUCGGAGGAGAUAGCCCAGGUUGGCACAAUAUCAGCUAAUGGAGAAAGAGAAAUUGGGGAACUAAUUGCAAAAGCCAUGGAGAAAGUUGGCAGAGAGGGAGUUAUUACAGUCUCUGAUGGUAAAACCCUAGAUGACGAACUGGAAGUAGUUGAAGGAAUGAAACUUGACAGAGGGUACAUAUCACCAUAUUUCAUUACCGACCAGAAGAAUCAAAAAUGUGAACUUGAAGAUCCUCUUAUUUUGAUUCAUGAAAAGAAGAUCUCAAACAUCAAUGGCGUAGUCAAGGCAUUAGAGUUGGCAUUGAAGAGACAAAGACCUUUGCUAAUUGUUGCUGAAGAUGUAGAAAGUGACGCUCUUGCGACUUUGAUUCUCAAUAAGCUUCGUGCUGGAAUUAAGGUCUGCGCUGUUAAGGCCCCUGGUUUUGGGGAGAACAGAAAGGCCAGUUUGCAUGAUCUUGCCACUCUCACAGGGGGAUCUGUCAUAACAGAAGAACUUGGCAUGAACCUUGAGAAAGUGGAAUUUGAAAUGCUUGGAUCAUGCAAAAAGGUGACAAUCUCAAAAGAUGAUUCUGUGAUUCUGCAUGGUUCUGGUGACAAACAGGCUAUUGAAGAGAGAUGCCAGCAGAUACGAUCUGCCAUUGAAUUAAGCACAUCUGAUUAUGACAAAGAAAAGUUGCAAGAGAGGUUGGCAAAACUUUCUGGUGGAGUUGCUGUUCUUAAGAUUGGAGGAGCUAGUGAAGCAGAAGUUGGUGAGAAAAAGGACAGGGUGACAGACGCUCUUAACGCAACAAAAGCUGCUGUUGAAGAAGGCAUUGUGCCGGGUGGUGGCGUUGCGCUUCUUUAUGCAUCCAAGGAGCUGGAUAAACUGCAGACGGCCAACUUCGACCAGAAGAUUGGUGUCCAAAUAAUUCAAAACGCCUUAAAGGCCCCAGCAUACAUAAUUGCUUCCAAUGCUGGAGUAGAGGGAGCAGUGGUGGUUGGCAAGCUUUUGGAACAAGAUAAUCUCGACCUUGGUUAUGAUGCAGCCAAAGGGGAUUACGUAGACAUGGUGAAAGCAGGCAUCAUUGAUCCCUUGAAGGUCAUCAGAACUGCUUUGGUAGAUGCUGCAAGCGUUUCUUCGUUGCUGACUACCACCGAAGCUGUAGUUGUUGAGCUACCAAAGGAUGAGAAUGAUUCUGCUACUAUGGGCGCUGGCGUGGGGGGAAUGCCAUACUGAUUUCAUUGAAUUUUGAUCUGUUAUCAUGUCAGGAUUUUUCGUAUCGGAAGCAUUUUGUUAUAGAGGCUAAUGUUAAUGGUAAAAGUUAAGAGUGGAGUGUUUUUUUCUUUCUUUUAUUAUUUUUUGGUUGCUGCCAAAACUAUUGUGAUUCAAUAUGCUUAUAAAAAAAAAUAAUAAAUCAUGUAACACCGAA